UGUUUCGCUUCUGACGAAUUUGAAUACACCGCGCAACUCGAACUGCCGGAAAUUGGUCUGAAUGUCGUUUUAAUAAAGAAUUCAGUAUGACAGAAAAAUAAUAGUUUAUUUUAAGUAAUUAUAAUAAUUAUCCGUAGAAAGUAACAUAAUAUUGAUUUUUGUGCCAGAAGAAAACAUAUAAUAACUAUUUUAUAUUUCGCGGAAAAUUAAGACAUGUGAGACGGAUUACGAUAAUGUAAGUAAAAAGCAGACGUGAAGUAACGUUCGGCGCGUAAACUUUGGUUAAGAUGGUGAAACCAAAGUACAGACGCCAUGGGUUCGUUUCGAAAACGAAGAAGGAGAGAUAUGAAAAAGUAUCUGCAGGGCAAUUGACCCGAUGGAUUAGGGGAGUUAUUCUUAGAGACCACAAUUACUCCGCCAGUGCAACUCCUGUUAACAUUGAUCAUGAUCAAGAAUUGCCAAAUUUAAAUAUACUGGAAAGAGAGGAGGUGGUGGAUGGGGGAGAAGUGACUACAUCUGAGGAUUGGAAGGAGGGAAGGAGAGUGGUAGAACUUGGAGUGUUAGCUGAGGGCUUGCGGGGAUGUUGUAAAUGUGGCUUACCAUUGCAACUUUCACACACAAUUUCUGUACUGACACAUGGUUUAGCUUCUUUGUUAAAGGUCUGUUGCAGCAAUACAAAGUGUAAUCAUAUUAACCAUGUAAAAACGGGGAAAAAACAUGGAAAAGUGUGGGAUGUAAAUACAAAACUAUCAGCAGCAAUGGUACAUGUUGGCAUUGGUGUAACUCAAGUUAACAGUCUCCUUUCUGAGCUGAAUAUACCACCUGUUAGUCAUGCCAUGCUAGACAAUAGACAGAAAGAGAUCGGCAGAGCUGUCCAAGAUAUUGCUGCAGAGUCUAUGUCUAAUGCUUUGCAGAAGGAACUGGGAAUGAUGAAUGGAGAGAUGAAUGAAAAGGGACUAGUUGUUGCUGUAGAUGCUGGAUGGCAAAAACGGGGAAGUGGAAAGACAUAUGAUAGUUUGUCAGGUAAAAAUAGACAAAUUUUAGGAAAAUGA